AUGAGCAGCUCCGGCUCCCGCCUGUGGACUUGCUCCCGAUGUCUGCGCGCACAGAACCUGCGGGGUACAUCUGUCGAGCCCAAAGCCAGACCGGUUCGCCGCAGUCGCCACCCUUUCUGCACGACUGCAGUCUCCCGGGCUGAUGCGACCACCGACACAAAACAGGAUGUGCCACAUCAGUCGAAGGACGGCAUCCAGGCCGAAGAAGAGCAAGGAGCCAUGUCCCGCAGGCUGGCCGAGAUGGCGGAGGAGACAAUUGACACCGGGAGCAAGACCGACCGCAAGUUGAUGCACGACGCUGGUUUCUCAGAGGACUUGAAGCAACAGUUGGAAGAGAGGAUAGCUCAGACGAGCUUCGCCGCUCAGAACCAACGCGCGGCAAGCCAAGUGAACAUGCCUAGCUCGGCAGGGAAAGGCACCCGCGACAUCGCCGGCGCAGACCCAUGGACAGGUAGUGAAUCCCUCCACGACUCGGCCCUCCGCAUGCUCGACGACAGCCACAAGAGACUCCGCACGCCCUUCAGGCCGCCUCGCCCUCAACCCGUGAACCUGCGGCCCGCGCCGAAGAAGAACAUCUCUGCGGCGGACCGGCUGGCCAACGCGCGCGACAAGACCUCCAUAUACGCAUUCAGCCAACAGAACGACAUGUCCGAACAGGAACGCGAGAAAUUGCGCAAAGAAAUGAAAGAUCGUUUCUCGCCGGGCGCCCGGCCCAUGCCGACGACGAUCACCGGGUUGACGAGCCUUGCGAACGAGCGCAUCGAGGACGCCAUUGCGAGAGGGCAAUUCAGAAACCUGCCGCGCGGCAAGGGCAUCAACGUGGAGCGCGACUACAAUGCCAACAGCCCGUUCUUGGACACGACGGAGUACUUUAUGAACAAAAUCAUCCAGAAGCAGGAGAUUGUCCCUCCGUGGAUCGAGAAACAGCAGGAACUCGUCAAGGCGGUGGCCAGCUUCAGAGGACGGUUGCGGAAUGACUGGAAAAGACACGCCGCGAGGAUGAUAAGCAGUAGGGGCGGAUCGGUGCAGGAUCAAGUCCGCCGGGCAAGGGGGUACGCUCUGGCGGAAGAACGGGUGAAUCCGAGGCCGUUGCGCCGUGUCGAGAACUUUUCAAGUAUAGCCAGCGACGGCACCUUGACGACCGUCACCGUCGAGGAGAAGGUCGCUGCAGGCGUGCCAGUGGGGGAGCUCGAAGCCGAGUCACAACAGAACAAGGCGGACAAGCCGGAGCGACACCGAGACAACCAUAACCAAGAGCCUGCUGGCCAGAGUCAGGAGCAGGAGCAACUCGAAAUCAAAAUCACCGAGCAACCCGCCGAGGACGCUCCCAUCGCGACAGCGGCGGCAUCAGCGGUUACAAACCGGACACCGCCGUCCGCAUCCUCCUCUCCCUCUCCCUCUCCUUCGUCUGUUCUGCCUAUGCCCCACCCCUUCCGCGACCCAACGUGGCAGAACACCGAACUGGCCUACCACACGCUCGCGAUCCAGGAACUCAACGCCCUAACGCGGUCGUACAACCUGAUGGCCCCCAAGAUCGCGCAAAAGCCCUACUUCACCUUACAGCGCGAGUUGGACCGGUGCUUCGCAGACGUGGCCCCUCUACUGGGGGAUGAGAUCCUCGAGCGCAGUCGGCGGCCCGCGAAGAUCAGGGUCGAGGUGCGGAGCCACAAGGAGGGAAGUGUGCUCGGCCGGUUUGGCGAGGAGUGGAAUGGCCACCAGGGCCGGAUCCGCGAUGAGGUCGCGGAGAAGGGGUAUGGGUUCCGGGAGUUUUGGCGGGAUUUGUUCGGCAAGGAGAGACAGAAAGGGAGGAGGAAUACCGUGUAG